CAAUCGCCCUUUCUGUUUGCUACUCUGACUUUCCUUGGCUCUGUGGACGUAUAGACGAUGUCACUGGUCGAGGAGAAGUCUCCUAUCGGCCCAGAGCCGCACACAUCCGAAGCCUUGCCAGGUCGUACCAGGGAUGAAGAUCUCUUGGCAAGUUUAGGGUACAAGCAAGAGCUCAAGCGAUCUUUCUCUCCGUGGGAACUGUUUGGAAUUGCCUUUAGUUUUAUCGGGCUUUUCCCUUCUAUUGCAUCUGUCCUUGUCUACGCUAUCCCCAAUGGAGGGCCCGUAGCCAUGGUCUGGGGUUGGGCGGCCUGCGUCCCCUUUCUAACCUGCGUAGCCCUCGCGCUUGCGGAACUUGGAUCUGCGGCGCCGACGUCCGGUGGGCUCUAUUACUGGACCCAUACAUUUUCGUCACCAUCAUACAAAAAUGUCCUGUCCUGGGUGGUGGGCUAUUCGAACUCUGUUGAAAUCGUUGCUGGGGGUGCCUCUUGUGGCUGGGGAUUGGCCCUACAGAUAAUGGCGGCUGUGAGCAUUGGGUCCGAUAUGACAUUCGUACCAACUACUGCCCAGAAUUUUGGUGUUUACGCUGCAGUUUUACUCUUUCAAGGGGUCAUCUGCAGUGUUGCCGUUAAGUAUAUCGCGCGCCUACAGACCGUAUACGUUAUACUAAACGUGGUUCUCUGUCUUGCCAUCAUCAUAGGCUUGCCAGCGGCGACUCCGACAGAACUGAAGAAUACUGCUAGCUUCGCGUUUGGAGACUUUCAAAAUUUCUACAACUGGCCAAAUGGGUAUGCUUUUAUCUUGAGCUUCCUAGCUCCACUCUGGACAGUGGGUGGCUUGGAAGCAAGUAUACAUCUCAGCGAAGAAGCGUCCAAUGCCAAUGUGGCGGUGCCUUGGGCUAUCAUAGCCUCUGUGACGAUAGCAAACGUUAUUGGCUGGGGGAUAAAUGUGGCAUUGGCUUUUAAUAUGGGCACUGAUAUGGAGUCAAUCCUCAACAGUCCUGUCGGUCAACCGAUGGCUGCGAUCUUAUUCAAUAGCUUCGGAAACCGAGGCACGCUUGCUGUCUGGGCGAUCGCUGUGGUAGUACAAUUCAUGGUUGGGAUAAGUGUUAUCACAGUCGGCUCCCGUCAAAUAUUUGCCUUCUCACGGGACGGUGCCCUUCCCUUCUCGCACAUCCUUCGACGCGUCAAUACGUAUACGUGCACGCCUAUCUAUUCAGUUUGGUUCGUUGUCAUCGUCUCCCUUGUGCUUGGGCUUCUCGCUUUCGUAGGGCCAGCUGCUAUUGGCACCGUAUUUUCGCUCGCGAUCGCAGGACAAUGUACUGCAUACGUAAUCCCAAUCAGCGCCCGGUUUUUGGGACGCAAUGAAUUCAAGCGAGGAGUAUUUCACCUGGGAGUCUUUAGCUUACCGGUCGCCAUCGUCGCUGUUUUGUGGCUAGUGUUUAAUCUGGUCAUCAUCAUCUUUCCGACUACACCCGCGCCAACUGCAGCCGAGAUGAAUUACACAGUGGCCAUCUGGGGAGGCACUAUCGCGAUCUCUCUGGUGUAUUAUUACUUUCCCAGAUACGGUGGGAGGAGUUGGUUCAGGGGACCUGUCUCAACGCUUCAGGAGACGGCAUUCGAAUCAGGUAGCAUUGUACAAGUUGAUGUGGACAAGGCGCUCUGAGCCCACCCACAAAUUUGGGCUCAGGAGGGAAGUGCGUAGGCGAAGAGUUCCGACACACACGAAUAUUUUGAUAGUCUUACCUAGUAUCCUCAUCCCAGAGUGAUAGACUACCAUGUUCGAAGAUCAGCUUCAAACCUUCUCAGCAUAGAAGCUACUGGCUAUACUGAAGUCUUUACUUCCUUAUCUUUCUAGAGCCGUGUUGGUCCUGUUGAAAUAUGUAUCUAUUGAAUG